UCAAAGUAUUUGUGAGAACAUAAAGUUAAUGAUAUACGUCACAGGAAACGGUGAUCCCAAACUACAGACGGAGGAAUAAACACUAACAAUUCAAGCAUUUUAGCGGCGUGAAGACAGCCACAAAAGAGGGGUCCAAGAGUCACAUAUGGCUCUGGAGACACAGGUUGUACACCCGUGAGUUAGAGGAAGACCAAGGAGGAGGUUUAUGGAUGCAGUGAACACUAACAUGAAGAUGGUGCGAACAAGCGCCAGAGCAACAACCGCCAAAAGUGUCUGUUACAAUGAAUAUGAAAACACUGACACAGACAUGUCCUUUUCUCAGACAGUGAGUGAUGGUGAGGAUGAGGAGUGGAAGCCGUCAAAUUCAGAUCCCAGUACUUCCUCCAAUGCUCCCAGAAUGUCUGCAACAAAGGAGAAGAAAGCUGCUGUCAAGAGAACUGCUAAACCAAAACAACAAAAACUACCUAAAGUCCCCAAAGUGCCUAGAGAAGCUAAGCCUCGGGCGCCGCGCAAGCCUGCUGCAGGACAAAAAAAGACUUCUAAAAGAGCAGAGGACUCUGCUGAAGCUGGAGUUCCUGAUAUAAAAAGGAAGAGAGCUGGAUUGGAUAAGGAUCAAUGUGAGGCACAGAUAGACUUCCAAGGAGAAAAGAACACUGAUGGAAGUGGCUUUACUAUCAAACCAAAGGAAGAGAGGUUAUCAUUUGUUGUUCCACAAUUCCCCGACACGGCCAACUGGGCAGAUGAAGGAGAAGGAUCAUCACAAGUUCAUCCUCCAGUAAAGAAGGAAAACCUGAAAGAGGAAGAUUUCACUUUUGACGAGCCAUGCUUAAAGAAACUGAAGACCAGUGGAGCCUGUCAUGGUCAAGCCACAGCUGGACAGCAUUCCUCUCUAACAAAUGACCUCGAUAUGAGCUGGAAUGUGACUGAGCUGCUCUCCACUCUGACGUGUGUUGAGAAAUGGGUGUGUGGGAAUAUCGUUAAUCUCCUUAGAGAAGAAAACACCGUGCCGUUCAUGGUGCGCUAUCGCAAAGAGAUGAUCAACCACUUGGAUGCAGACGCCGUCCGAGAUGUCCAGAUGGUGUAUGAGGAGUUAUGUUCUGUGGCCAAGAAGACCCACUCUGUGAUUCAGACUCUGAAAAAAGACGGAGUUUUGACCACCGAGUUGGAGGAAACACUGAGAAGCUGCCGGUCUGCCGAUGAGCUGGAUCAUGUGUAUUCUCCAUAUAAGAAAGGCAGCAAGCUGACAAAAGCUCGCCGAGCGAAGGCCCUCGGCCUUGAAGGAGCUGCCUCCGCGUUGCUCAACGCGCCACAAACGCUGGAUUUAAGAACAUGGGUACAACCUGCUACUGAAGGUCUGUCGUCUGUGAAGGAAGUGACCACAGGCGUGGAGCACAUCCUGGCCGACAUGAUAGCCAAAGACCCAGAAACCCUCACCUACGUCAAGACACUAUGUGAGAGGAGUUUUGUGACCAUCCAGUCAUCUGUGUCAAAGACGGCGCUGAAGGAGAAAGAAGAAAAACCGGGCCACAAAAAUGCAGGAGCUGAACACGGCAGACCUAAAGACAUAGAGAAAUUUCAGCUGUACUUUGAAUUCACCUGUAAUAUCCAGCGCAUCCAGCCUCACCAGACGCUGGCUAUUAACCGAGGGGAGAGUCUGAAGAUUUUGACAGUGAAGGUUAAUAUUCCUGACAAAGUGAAGAGUGACUUCACCUGGUGGUGUGUCAACAACAGAUGGAGGCCAAAGUCACUAGCAAAAGAGGAACACAGAGCAAUUAUCCUGAAUGCUGUGGAGGAUUCCUACAAGCGUCUUAUUCUACCUUUUCUCACAAGGAGCUACAGGACAAAGUUAACAAGUGAAGCAGAGAAAGAGUCGAUCGCAAUGUUCGUGCGAAACCUCCGCCAGCGCCUUUUGGUGAGUCCCGUCAGAGGCUGCGUCAUCAUGGGAGUGGACCCUGGCUUCAGACAUGGCUGCAAGCUGGCAAUCCUCUCCCCGACUAGUCAGAUUAUCCACACAGAUGUUGUGUACCUGCACAACGCAGGACAGCAAAGAGAGGCGGAGAAAUUGCGCCACCUUAUGACCAAAUACAGCUGUACUAAGGUCGUCAUUGGCAACGGGACUGCUUGUCGAGAAACAGAGACCUUCUUCGCCGACCUUAUCGCCAGACGUUUUUUCCACCCUUUGGAUGUGUCAUACUGUAUUACUAACGAGGCAGGAGCUUCCAUCUACAGCGUGAGCGCCGAGGCAGUCAAAGAGAUGCCAGACUUGGACCCUAACCUAAGAAGUGCAGUCUCCAUCGGAAGACGGGUUCAGGAUCCACUGGGGGAGCUGGUGAAGAUUGAUCCUAAACACAUAGGGAUUGGAACGUAUCAGCACGAUGUUUCUGCUGGAGCACUGAAGGCGGCGCUGGAAGGAGUGGUACAGGAGUGUGUCAGUUUCGUGGGUGUGGACGUCAACAUCUGCUCCGAGAUACUGAUGAGGCACGUAGCAGGCCUCAAUGCGGGCCGGGCUCGCAAUAUAACAGAGUGGAGGGAGCAGAACGGUCCGUUCAGCAACAGGGAGCAGCUCAAGCUGGUCAAAGGCAUCGGGCCCAAGUCCUACCAACAGUGUGCUGGCUUCAUCCGAAUCGACCCUCAAACUCUGCAGAGUGUGAAAUCCUCAGCUCAGCCUGCAGCAACAACAACUGGAAAAGCAGCAGCUAAGAAGUGCAAAGGAAAAACGGUGGACUCAUUAAACCCUCUAGACCAGACCUGUAUUCACCCAGAGUCCUACAGUGUGGCGCAGAGAUUUCUUUCUCUCGUCGAUGGGACUGUGGACCAGAUUGGGAGUGCAGUCUUGAAGCACCGUGUGGAGAGCAAGGUUAAAACAAACUCUGUUGAGGAACUCGCCCGAACCUUGGACACCACACCAGAAACUCUGAAACUCAUCAUGGAUGGCCUCACACAGCCGCCAGGCUUUGACAUACGACAGAAUUUUGGUCAGCCGGACUUUAAAAGAGGCAUUAUAUCAAUGAAGGAUCUCCAGCCAGGUACGGUGCUGACGGGCAGGGUGGACAACACCACUUUAUUCGGGGCUUUUGUGGACAUCGGUGUCGGCUGUUCGGGCCUCAUCCAUAAAAGCAAGAUCACUCUGGAUAAACUUCCUGCCAGCCAGCGACGCCGGAGCCUGGCUCUGGGACCUGGGGAGAGGGUCGAGGUCCGAGUCCUCAGCGUUGAUCGUCAGAGAGAACGAAUUUCUCUGGACCUCAUAGGGGUGCUGCAGUAGAGCGGUUUCGUUUCUGCAUUGGAUAUUUUAAUACAAUUCUAUUAUUGUAUUUAAUAAAGUUAAAUAAACUAUUUCCCUUAACUACAGCUGUGGUUGCAAAAUGAUGCAUUGAGGGAUUACUGGGGCCCUACUCUUAUACCUGCCCAUUUUAAACGUUAAUUGGAUGCUCCUCCUCCACCUGCCUAUUGCAGUCGGUCAAUGGGACCCUACUCUACAAGCCCCCUGUUUUGAGGUGUCGCUUUGACCCUACUUUUCUAUUUGCUGAUUUUUAAGGUUUAAUAGGAUGCUCCUCCACCUGCCUAUUGCAAUGGGUCAGUGGGACCCUACUCUACAAGCCUCUUGUUUUGAUGGGUCAAUGGUACCCUACUCUACAAGCCUCCUGUUUUAGGGUCACUGGGACCCUACUCUACAAGCCUCCUGUUUUGAUGGGUCAAUGGUACCCUACUCUACAAGCCUCCUGUUUUAGGUGUCAUUGGUACCCUACUCUACAAGCCUCCUGUUUUGAGGGGGGUCAUUGGGACCCUACUCUACAAGCCUCCUGUUUUGAUGGGUCACUGGGACCCUACUCUACAAGCCUCCUGUUUUGAUGGGUCAAUGGUACCCUACUCUACAAGCCUCCUGCUUUAGGGGUCAUUGGGACCCUACUCUACAAGCCUCCUGCUUUAGGGGUCAUUGGGACCCUACUCUACAAGCCUCCUGUUUUAGGGGUCAUUUGGACUCCACAAGUUCCAUGUUUUGAGGGGGGUCAUUGGGACCCUACUCUUUUCAGGGCUCACUGAGAUGCUACUCUACUACCCACUCUUUUUUCUUGAGGGUCAAUGGGAUGCUUCUCCUCCUCCUGCCCAUUUCAAGGGGUCGCUGGGACCCUCCUCUUCUACUAGCUUAUUUUAGGGGUUACUGGGAUGCUAAUCUUCCAUCUAUGCAUUUUCAAGGGGUCACUAAGGUCCUCCUCCUCUAGCUGCUUUUUUGGGGGCUCAUACUGUAUGAGCGACCUGAUUUGAGGAGUCUCUUGGACGCUCCCGUUUCAAUCUGCUAAGUCUUUUACUUGCCUGUUGUAGGAGAUCACCUUAAAACUUGAAUUGAGGAGAUCGCAGGGACACUGAAGCUCAUAGGAAGGUGUAAAAAUAAUAAUAUUGGAAUUAAUUAGCGAUUGCACUUAAAAAACAAUAGAAAAAAUAUUUUAUUAAAAAAGGAAAAAAAAAAUCCAGGUUUGUUUGGCACUGAUGGGGGUUGAGAAGAGCCUCCCAGACUGCAGUCACAGCCUUAGGCUUUUUAUCUUCGUCUUAGACACAAUAAUUCCUGGUCACACACACACAUGCGCACAGCCCUUACUAAUCAAAUGCUUCAAAAUUAAUCCCAGACUCCCCAUCCGCAUUAUGUAAUUUGUUUGGUUUUAUGAAACUAGAAUAAAUAAAAGAAUAAAUAUAGUUCUGGGAAGGCCUGAGGUCCCUUAUGCUAAACAUUACACUGAAUGCAGAUUACCUAAUCACUGUUAGCCCGCUGCUUUGGUGUCUGCCUUCAGGGCAACAAAUGGAAUAUAUUCUAUAUGCACAACCACUAAAAGAUGUUCCAUCAAGUUGCAUUAGUAGUGGCAGGUUGCUCGGGGAUGACCUGAGACAUUAGCACUCACAUGCAGCCUGGAUUCUCAUGAUUUUCCUAAUUUUAUUUGAUGUCAAAUUGUCAUCUUUUGUUUGCUUUCACCAUCCUGGAAGACUCGUGCUUAAAUGUUUCCAGCGCUCUUGUUUUCUUUGUUCAUUUUAGGGAACAUGUGCUUUCGUCAAAGUAGACGGCUUCUCUCAGCACCAUUCCUUCUUUUUCUGCCUUUAAUUUUCCUCACUCCGCUAAACGUGUGCCCACAGAUGAAACAGGCAAUCUGGCAGCCUGCUACUGCUGCCUUUUGGAGCUUUUUGCCAGGCACUGUCCAGUAAUGAGAUUGUGAUAACAAACAGAGUAACGGUGGGAGUAGUUGUGUAGUUCUCUGUUCUCAUCCACCGCAGAAGCUCGCCGCCGCUGAGUUACGGAGGGAUCUCAGGUGUGCCUCUGUGUUUGUUGAAAUUUGAAGAAAAUUGACGGUGAGCAUGCUAUCAAAUAAAUGUCACUCUUUGACUCAAA